AUGUCGGCCCACUUGCUAGCACACUUGCAGCAUGGCCUCGUAAGAAUAUCAAAAGUAUCUCCUCGUGUUCUUGAAAGUCCUCCGACGCAGCCAAGGCGUGCGAGUGUCGCACUAAUUUUUCAUGUACGGCCAACGGCUGAAGAUGAGGCGUGGCUCCGAGCUAAAUGGCGGCAUGGUCAAGUGAUGGAAGAGGACUCUCACCUGUUUCCAUCUACCAUGCAACAGGAUGCAAAUGGAAAAAUGGGCGUGGAUGCACGCUUGCGCCAAUUCUUUGCGCUACCCUGGGUGCAGCGCGGCACGCCUGAGCUUUUGUUCAUUCAACGUGCUGUGCGCCCGAACGACAAUUGGUCCUCUCAUGUUGCAUUUCCUGGCGGUCGGAGAGACGAAGAAGAUGAGAAUGGCUUAUACACGGCAAUGCGUGAAACAUGGGAAGAAGUGGGCAUCGAUCUUGCCGACAAAGAGUUUCUUCAUGUGGGCCAUUUAGAGGACCGAGAAAUCACAAGCAGUCUCGGGAAGCGUUUGCUUAUGAUUCUGAGUCCCUAUGUAUUUAUACACUUUUCUCCAUUCUCUCCUGUGCCGAAUUUGCAACUGAGCGAAGUUGCUUCCCUGCACUGGAUCCCGCUUUAUCUGCUCUUUACACCUACGCCGAACUGGGGCAAGCUGCAUGUUGAAGUCGCACGGCAUAUGCCACAAAACUCCAACAUGCGGUUGCUUCUUGGGCUCUUGAUCGGCAAAAUGACGUUCCGCACUAUCCAGCUGCCUAAUGCACCAACGGCCAUGGCGUUCAAGGAAGCCAAGGACAUUUUUUCUCUACCGGAAAAGCCAGGCUUGCCAGCUAAUGAGGAAGCAGAGGAAACACACCUGCUUGAUGAAUCCCAGCGUGCGUACCUCGCAGAAACGACCCCCCAAUUGCAACUUUGGGGUCUCACGCUGGGCAUGUCUCUCGACUUUCUCGCCCACAUGGCGACGUACCAGAGGGAAAGACAUGCACAUGAAGCAUUGAUUGUACAUGCGGUCAAGUCCGUCCUUUCGCACUCUCCUUCGUCGUGGCUAUUUGGCUCACCAACUGCAACCUCGUCUGGGGUAGCAUGUAAGGCACCAAGCAUAGUGGAGGUGUUCCCUCGUUUCGGUUACCCGGAUAUCAAUUUUUGGAUUUGGAUUUUUGGUUGGCGCUAUCGAGCCAUUUUGCGUAAAUGGGCACAGUGUAUCGGAACUGAGUUAGAACGCCAGGCUCAUUGGUCGGGUCUCACUCUCGCCGCAUUCUAUUCAUGUGUCCGUCGUGCCUUGAUCGUUGCUCUGGUUCUACGGGCUAUGGGCAUCGUAAGCCUUGUAUCGUUUGGUGCAUGGGCCGGUUGGCGUCGCAUACGAAACCCAUCUGCAGCUUUGUUGUCAUUUUAG